AAAGGCAGCCAGACAUUUUCUCAUUCUGGAACCACCAGACAGACAGGCCAGCUCUUCUUCAGAAUGGCAUUUUCUGGACUUCUGAGGAUCCUGCUGCUACUCAUCCUUGUCGUGAAUGUCGAAGCAUUUACUCUGAGUGACUUGUUCUUGCGCAAGAGAUGCCCCAAAGUCCAAGAGGAAUGUGAAUUCAAAGAAAGGGAUAUAUGUAAGAAGGACAAAAACUGUCCAGGCAACAUGAAGUGCUGCGUCUUUGGCUGCGGAAAAAAAUGUCUAGACCUCAAAGAAGACAUAUGCAGUUUGCCGAAAGAUACUGGGCCCUGCUUAGCUUUGUUUCCUCGCUGGUGGUAUGAUAAGAAAAAUGACACCUGUUACAACUUUGACUACGGUGGCUGCCAGGGGAACAAUAACAACUUCCAAUCCAAAGACCUGUGCCUGAGCGUGUGCUCCAAGAAACGUGAGUCCCAAGGGCCCCAAUCUUUCAUCUUCGCCAAGGGCCACAGGGGAGGUCUGGGUGUUGGCUGGUCUAAUCUGGGAAGGCUACUUUCUUGGUGGACCAGGUGCAGACAGAACCAGCUCCAAUCAGGAGGUGAGAAUACAUCUCACAGAGGGUUGGUUGGACAGUGGCUUCCUGCAAACUGAGGUUGGGAAGGGACAUGGUCAUGAAUCAAAGCUGGCCAGCAUGAGGGGUGGAGCGAGGAUGCAGAUGUGGUGAAAUCUCAGGGACCCAACUUCAGAGAGCUCACAGGACAUCCGCCCUUGCAUUGGACAUGUUGGCUGACCACCCCAGGCCUUUAAUUUCC